GGUACAGGGGUAUAUAGUGGGGUAUAGUAGAGGGGCACAGUUGGUGUCUGGUGGCAGAGGGCUCAGUCCUGCAUCCCCCCCAGUUGGCACCCAGCUCUUGCCAUGCGGCUGACCCUACACAAGAAGAAGAUCGCCGCCCUGCUGCUGCUCCUGGCCCUCGGCACCUGGCUGCUGCUCACAUCUUCCCGCCUGGAUGACCCGUCGCCCACAGAGCCGCCCAGCGAGAAGGAUCCCUCCGGCUUCCAGCUGCCAAGUGGCGCUCCGCUACAGAGGAGACUGGCAGCCUACCGCAACAACCUCCGGCAGCCGAUGCGCAAUGCAGAGCGGUUUCCCGGUCCCCAUGAGCUGGUGCUGGUGGUGCAGGUCCGAGGAGGGCCGGGCAGAGGGUCCCGGCUGCAGCUGCUGGCUGAGUCUCUGCAGAUCGCUGGCCCGGGUGCCACUAGCCGCCUACUACUGGUGCUGAGCAUGCAGCAGCCGUGCCCGGAGGCUGCCCGCUCCAUGACGUCCAUAAACUUCUUCCGGGUGCUGCCAGUCUACUUCCCAUACAGCCUGAGCUUCUAUCCAGAUGAGUUUCCUGGCAGCGACCCUGCCGACUGCCCACAGGAUAUACCCAAGGAGUCUGCCCUUCUCAAAGGCUGCAGCAAUGCCAAGUACCCGGACAGCCUACACAUGUAUCGCCUCCCUGAUGUCCAGGUCCAUUAA